GCGCGAAUCGACGCGCGCAGUUUGUUCCAAGCUCUGGUGGGUGUAGUGUACUUCUUGGUUAUCAACUAUUAUUUGCUAAACGGGAAUUUGUUUCUACUGCAAAAUAUCGCUAAUUCUUUCAUUAUGACAGAAAAUCGGAAGGAAGUAAGAGUAUGGUGCGAUGGAUGUUAUGACAUGGUACACUUCGGUCACGCAAAUUCUUUGCGACAAGCGAAGGCGUUAGGUGAUUAUUUAGUUGUGGGUAUACAUACGGACGAAGAAAUUACUAAACACAAAGGACCACCAGUAUUUAUGGAAGAGGAGAGGUAUAAAAUGGUUCGUGGUAUUAAGUGGGUAGAUGAAGUUGUAAAAGGUGCACCUUAUGUUACAACAUUGGAUACAUUAGAUAAAUACAACUGUGAUUUUUGUGUUCAUGGCGAUGACAUUACUAUGACAGCAGAUGGUAUAGAUACGUAUCAUUUAGUUAAAGCAGCAGGUCGUUACAGAGAGGUUCAAAGAACUGCUGGUGUUUCAACAACUGAUUUAGUAGGGCGUAUGCUUCUAAUGACCCGGCAACAUUUCAAACAAGGAGAUAGUGAAUAUAGCGUUGACAGAGAACCUAGUAAAAGUAUGGGUCAAGAUAGAUCAGCUAGAAGUCCUUGGACAGGCUGCUCACAAUUUUUACCUACUACACAGAAGAUUAUUCAGUUUAGUGAUGGAAAGAGUCCACAACCUGGAGAUAAAAUUGUUUACGUAGCAGGAGCAUUUGAUCUCUUUCAUGUUGGUCAUUUAGAUUUUUUAGAGGUUGCAAAGAAAGAAGGUGAUUAUCUCAUAGUUGGACUACAUACAGAUCCAGUAGUUAAUCGGUACAAGUGUGGUAAUCAUCCAAUUAUGAAUCUUCAUGAAAGAGUACUUAGCGUUCUAGCAUGCAAGUAUGUUAAUGAAGUAGUAAUUGGGGCACCAUAUGAAGUUACAAAAGAUCUGAUGGAACAUUUUGAUGUUUCUGUUGUUUGCCAUGGUCAAACUCCUAUAAUGCCUUGUGAAGAUGGUUCUGAUCCAUAUGCUGAGCCUAAGAGGCAAAAUAAAUUUAAAUUAUUGGAUAGCGGUAAUGAUAUGACAACAGAAAAAAUAGUUGAACGCAUCAUAUUUCACAGUGCUUAAUUACAGAUUGGAAUUUGAGGACAGAAAUUUAAGAAAGGAGAAGAAAGAAUUAGCAGCAUAUGAAGCAUUAGAGAAAUCUCAGAAAAAAGAAAGGACUGACUAACUAACUCUAAAUAUUGAGAGUAUGCGAUAAUAACUAUUUUAUGGGAGAUGAUUGUAAAUACAAUAUUAUACUGAUAUUUAACUUAUUUACUUGCGUUUAAAAAUAUAUGUGGCUUGCAUAUUUAGGAUGACUGUAGAUAGUUCAAGUAUUAUUACAUAACUGUUAGUUUUCAUUUUCUGCAAUUCAACGAAAAAAAAUACAACGACAAAAGUGCACAAAUAAUUGUGCAUAUCUAUACAUUUUUAUAUUUUGAAUGGAAAAAAACAGAUCAAAAUAUUUCAUAUUAUUAUUAGACUGUAGAGUAUACAUUUAAAUUAUUUCUGAAUGUGCAAUUAUAUAAAACAUUUAAUAAUUAUUACGAAA